GCUCUGCAAGCUCCCCCAUCCAUUACACCACGAAAGAGCCUCCCCGAACCAUGAAAUUCUCGCUUAGUGCAGUUGUUGCGCUCCUGGGCGCCUCGAGCGCGGGUGCCUUCACCGCUCCGAAAUCGGCAUCGGCGCGCUCCGCCACCCCCUCGGCCCUCGGCGUYACCACCCUCGACCAGUGGCAGCUCCUCGACAACGGCAGCCUGGUCGGAAGCGUGAGGGGCCAYCCCACCCUCGCCGACGGGGACGUCAUCACGACCUCCCCCCUCUCCAGGCCCGACACGGCCCGCAGCGCGAACACCGUCUCUACCUUUACCGGUUCUCAGUACCAGCUGGGAGCGCCCAUGCAGCUCGGUGGGUCGGCAGUGGCUCCUUCCGCAAACGAACCCGGCUUUGGCCGUUCCACCUUUGUCAAGGUGGCCGGAACCGCUUCUCUCUUUGCCGGAGGAGUGGCCCUCGGAGCCGGCGUCCUUGGAGACUUGACGGGAGAGAAGCCCGUCAGCAUCCCGGAGGUACGUGUGCACUCGUAGAACGUAGAACGUAGAAACCAGAGCGGAGCGAAGCGAAGCGAAGCGAUUGGAAUCGAAUCGAUGAUGUCUAGAUGGUCCCUGCGACAAUGAAUUGAAUUGAACGGACCACUGAAAGCGAACCAAACCAAACCAAACCAAACCAAACCAAACCAAACUGAUGAACCAACCACCCCUUCGUUGUCGACUUGUUGCGCCCGUGAUCUUGCCCGUCCCCUUUCCUUUUYGUGUUSUUCUUCUUUCCAAAGGCGAAAAUCGGAAUGGCCUUCCCCGGUGCCCUCAGCAACGCCGAGCUCAUGAAGCGCRUCAGCGAGCGCCUGGCCCCCUACGGCUACGGAAAGGACACCAUGGUCGCCACCUCCUUUUGCUGCGACGAGGUCAACCGCCCCCUCGAGCACGCCCUGGCAAAGACCUUUGACGAGCCCUUUGUGAUGGGAGGCCUUGCUGGCUUUCCCUUUGGCGGCGUCACCAGCUUUGGGGCCAUGGCCCACCACAUCCCCGACGGAGGCUCCUGCCUUGUCGUCUACGGACCCCACGUCGGCGUCGAUUCCUUCGGGUCGAUCGGAACCGUCAACCGCCGGGGCCGCGCCAAGGGCGGAUCGUGCUGCGGCAGCGCCGCCGCCGCCCUCGSCAACGUCCGCAAGGGAGCCAUGGUUCCCAAGACCGGCGAGGCGGUUGCGCCCGCCACCAUCGAMUCCCUCGACGCCCAGCAGUCCUUURUCAACCAGGCCCUCAUGCCCUACGGAGAGAAGCUGCUGAUGGCCGCCGACCAGAACGUCGAGCUCCCCUACGCACUCUACGACGCCCAGAAGAAGAUGAUGGAGGGAAUCGUGGCCAAGGGAGCCGGCGCCAUGGAGGGCAACGGGUACAUCGCGAUGGUCGGUGGAAUCCAGAUCAACACCCCCGACCCCAUCACGGACUACUUCUUGCCCCUCUCGUUCGACCUGCGAAACUCGCAGGGAAAGCUCGUCAAGAGCGUCAUGUGGGCCUAAGGAAGAUCCACCGCGGCUCCGCCGUAGUCGAGUGAAACAAAACGAAACGAAGUUGCACGGCGAGAAACCACUACACUACGAAACAUAUACACACACACACACACAAACAAACAAACCACAGGACUCUUUUUGAUUAUUUUGUAUUGAUCCGAUGAACAGCACACCAGGUGGUUCGUGGCAGCCGGGAGUGGCCCUCCUUGGUUGGAAUCUGGUUAAUGUGCGACCAUGCAUCAGUGAGUAACACCUUGUUAUAACG